UUUUCGGCUUCUGGGUUUUCUCUUCACUCAAGUACCUUCCGACUUCUCGGUGGAAGCAUAUGGAGGAAGCGGCCGGGACCCUCUAUCUAAGUUAGAGGUUUUCUUGGUUUGGGUCUUCUCUAGGCCCAGUUAAACGUUGUGGAACUCUCGAGACAAGAAAGAAGGAAGAAACUUUGGAACACCCGAGAAAAAGCCCUAGGAAAUGGAGAUCGCUCAGACGACAACGAUAAUUUGCUCGUUGCUUGCCAUCGAUCAUGGAGAUUAUUGUUAUCGGGUGUGUUCUCGGUGUGAGAGGGUAUUUUCCGGAGACGAUGGUAAUGGUGGUGGCGGUGGUGAUCCGUAUUCUUCUUCGUUGUUCUGCAGAUUCUGCAAGUCAAAAGAAUCCAAACUGCUCUAUCGGCUCCUUAUGUCUAUAGCAACCGAUGCCGAGGUGAAAACCGUGAUCUGUUUUGAUAGAGCUGCGACAACUCUCUUUGGUUGCUCAGCUGAUGAAUUCCUCACCUUCUCAAAUCUCAACCCUUCUGCAGCUUCAAUGGCUAAUCGUGUUCUGGAGGGAGAAAUGCUGAGGAUGACAUUAACUCGGCCACACAACCGAAACGCCCAGCACCUGAGAGUAGCCUCAGUUGUUCCCCUGCGAUCGGGUUUUAAGCCUGUAAUAGUGACCCUAAGAGAAAUCUUCCAAAGGAAUGCUUCUCCAUGCAAUCAUUCAUAAGCUUGUUUAUACA